AGCAAAGAUUGAAAACGAGCUAUCCACUGUACAAUAAAAAAAAGUAAAUAGUCCAAUAACUAAAAGAGUCUUCAUUCUUCUUCUCCGCCCUAAAAACGAAUCACACAAACAAAAACUCUGCUUAUUCUUACGAGAUUGAGAUUCACCAUGUACAGAAACGCUGCUUCACGUCUCAGGGCCUUAAGGGCCCGUUCAUACAAUAGAGUACCUAUCAAUGCUAGAUUUGCAAGUUCAAGUUCUGUUGCAACUAAACAACCCUCUUCUGGGUUGGGUGGUUUACUUGGAUGGAUAAUUGGAGAUCGAUCCACUUCUGUGCCACCACUGGAUUUCCCACUUCCUGGCGUUACACUUCCCCCUCCAUUGCCUGAUCAUGUUGCGCCGGGGAAAACAGUUAUUACUACACUCCCAAAUGGACUCAAAGUCGCCUCUGAAACAUCAGCUUCUCCCACCGCCUCGAUAGGUCUAUAUGUAGAUUGUGGUUCAAUCUAUGAGACCCCAUUAACUUUUGGGGCAACACACCUGCUUGAGCGGAUGGCCUUCAAGACCACUACAAACAGGAGUCAUUUUCGAGUGGUCCGUGAGGUGGAGGCAAUUGGUGGCAAUGUGCAGGCCUCUGCUUCUAGAGAGCAAAUGGGUUACACUUUUGAUGCUUUGAAGACAUAUGUUCCUGAAAUGGUGGAGUUGCUUGUUGAUAUUGUGAGGAACCCUGCAUUCCUUGAUUGGGAGGUCAAUGAGCAGCUUCUGAAAGUUAAGGCUGAGAUUGGUGAAGCCUCCAAAAACCCUCAAGACUUGCUAUUGGAAGCAAUCCAUUCUGCUGGUUUUUCUGGUGCAUUGGCUAAUCCUCUUUUAGCUUCAGAAUCAGCAGUAAAUAGACUAAAUGGUACACUUCUGGAGGAAUUUGUUGCUGAAAAUUAUACCGCGCCUCGGAUGGUACUUGCAGCUUCUGGUGUUGAGCAUGAGGAAUUGUUAUCCAUUGCCGAACCUCUUUUGUCUGAUUUACCGAGUGUUCCACGUCCAGAGGAACCAAAAUCAGUAUACACUGGUGGUGAUUAUCGUUGUCAAAGUGAAUCAGGGAGGACCCAUUUUGCUCUUGCAUUUGAACUUCCUGGUGGCUGGCAUAAUUUGAAGGACGCUAUGGCUUUGACUGUGCUUCAGAUGUUAUUGGGCGGCGGUGGAUCAUUCUCAGCUGGUGGACCUGGUAAAGGGAUGUAUUCACGACUGUAUCUUCGUGUUCUGAAUGAGUAUCCACAAGUUCAUUCAAUUUCGGCAUUCAACAAUAUUUACAAUAAUACUGGCAUUUUUGGUAUCCAAGUCACAACAGGUUCAGAUUUUGUGUCAAAAGCCAUUGAUAUUGCAGCUAAUGAGAUUCUUGCAGUUGCUACUUCUGGACAAGUUGACCAGGUACAGCUGGAUCGUGCCAAACAAGCUACAAAAUCUGCUAUUUUGAUGAAUUUGGAAUCAAGAAUGGUUGUUUCAGAAGAUAUAGGAAGACAAGUUUUGACAUAUGGUGAUAGGAAACCUGUGGAUGACUUUUUGAAGGCAGUGGACGAAAUAACUUUGAAGGACAUUGCUUCAAUUUCCCAAAAGCUCAUUUCUUCCCCUCUCACAAUGGCAUCAUAUGGAGAUGUUUUAUAUGUUCCAAGUUAUGAAUCAGUGAGCAGGAAGUUUCAUUCAAAAUGAGAUUGCUUUUUCUAUCCAUCAAAUCAAUUCUUCUUGACAUGUGAUCAAGUCUUGUGCGGCUAAAAGAUGUAUAAUUAAAUUGAAAUCCUAAAUAUGCUUAAGAUGUAUAAUUAAAUUGAAAUCCUAAAUAUGCUUGUUGUAGUCAAUAAAUUAGUGUAUGUGCGCAAGCAACAUUUGCGUAUCUCAUUAUUUUUUGUUACACAACCCUUGAAUGAAUGACCUAGAAGAACAUCUGAUGGAUGUUUUCUAGGAUUAGCUUUAAGCUGUUGCAUUAUUUUUGGAUUGAAAGCCCUACGAUGGGAAACAAGUCAUAAUUUUCAGGAUCAUGUUGAGUUAAAUAAAUAUAUUCUUAGAUAGUUUGUA